GAGGCAGCUUCCAGUUAUAAAGCAGGUUUUUGAUCCCUCUGUCAAAUUUUACCCAAAAUAAACUGACCCACCUGUAAAACUUCAGAUGGGUUUUACCACCAGGGUAGUUCCCCUAGGAAUUCUGAGAGGCAGAUUGGAAAAGAGGGUUGGGUGACAUGAGGGGUCCAAAACUGAGCUGAUUCAUUUCUUGAGACGUGUCCUACUCAAAACUCUGAGGGGAAACUCAAACUUGUUCUGGUUGGCUGGGCUUGUGAGGUCAUUCACUCUGGUUCUGUCGGUCUGUGGGGUAGUAACUUUUGAAUUCUUCCGCCAAUCCCAAAAUUGCAGGGAAUGUUCGAGCCAGCUUCACUCUGAACUAGUAUUCCAGCUGGCAAGGUCAGGUAAUGGCAAUACCACCUCAUUGAUCAGUGCUGUAGCUGAUGGUGAUAUCACUAAGCAUCUAGGCUGUAGCAUGUGCCUGCUGGAGGAUCUAUUCUAGAAGUGUCCUGAUCUGUCUCUAGGGCACUGACACGGUCUGCAUCACCAUAGUAUCUGAGUAUCUGUCUUUCCUGUCUCUCUCCUCAUGCACUCUCUGGGGCAGGGCAGUUAUCCCCACUGUACUGCUGGGGAGCUGAGGCUAAGUGACAUGCCCAAGGUCACACAGGGAGUCUGUGGCAGAGCAGGGAACUGAACCCGUGGGCCAUCCCUCAUCUCUGGCAAACGUGUAAAGGCAGAAUGAACAAGGGAAGGAGGAGUUGGAAGUGUCCAUAAAACACUAUCUUGUGUGGUAACCCUCUGGCUUCACUAUCCAGAGACCAUUGCUGACAGGUCUGAGACCCACCCUGCUCCCCCUGAGGCCAUGAGUUGGGGGAGCAGAGCACUAGGACUGUAUUUGCAGAGGCAGCAGCAGUCUGAUUUCAUCUGACAAGCAAGUCCUUUCCUGUCCUCACAGCAUGCCUAGAGACCAGCUUCCUGUCACCCACAGUCCGGAGGAACCCUCCCCCUGUGGAAAUAGUGAAUAAAUGUGUUCACUGUUUCCCAUCCUGCUGCCAGACAUCUGAGAGCUUGUUGACAAAUGGGGGUGUGAAACUACAUCCUCCUAGGACAGUUUAGGCAAGACCCGCCCCCACCCUCUGACUUGCAGAGGAGAGGGGCAAAAGCUUGCACACAUCCAUAUGAUGGGCUAGCUGGGCAGGUUCACUCAUCUGUCCUCCCUGGAAGUGAAGUUCAUGCAGGAAGUGACUCCCUACAUUAAGAAGCCAUCACUGGUGUCAGACCUCCCGUGGGAUGGGGCAGCUCCCCAGUCACCGAGCCUGAGUGGCAGUGAGGACUCCGGCUCACCGAAGCACUACAAUGGUACCAAAGACAGGAAGGUGAUCCCUCUGAAAAUGUGCUUCGCCGCCAGGAACUUGAGCAUGCCGGACCUGGAGAACAGGUUGAUAGAGCUGCACUCACCGGACAGCAGAAACACCCUGAUCCUGCGGUGCAAAGACACAGCGACCGCACACUCCUGGUUCACGGCCAUCCACACCAACAUCAUGGCCCUCCUCCCUCAGGUGCUGGCUGAACUCAAUGCCAUGCUAGGUGCCAACAAUGCCACAGGAAGUAGCAAGGAGGUCAAACACAUCGCUUGGCUGGCGGAACAGUCCAGACUAGAUGGAGGAAGGCAGCAGUGGCGGCCUAUCCUCAUGGCUAUGACAGAGAAGGACUUGCUGCUCUAUGAUUGUAUGCCCUGGACAAGAGACGCAUGGGCAUCACCUUGCCACAGCUACCCUCUUGUCGCUACCAGGCUGGUUCACUCUGGCUCCGGGCACAGAUCACCUUCUCCGGGAUCCGAGCUCACCUUUGCAACGAGGACAGGCUCUCGCCAGGGCAUUGAAAUGCACGUUUUCAGGGUGGAGACGCAUCGGGACCUCUCCUCCUGGACCAGGAUGCUAGUUCAGGGCUGCCACACUGCUGCGGAGCUGAUGAAGGAGGUGUCCAUAGGCUGCACUUUGAAUGGUCAGGAGGUGAAGCUCACAGUCCAUUAUGAAAAUGGAUUCACUCUCUCCAAGGAGGAGGCAGGCUCCAGUCGCACCCUGUUCCUCUACCCCUUUGAGAAGCUUAGAGUGUCUGCAGAUGAUGGCAUCAGGAACCUCUACUUGGAUUUUGGUGGCCCUGAGGGGGAGCUGACUCUGGACCUGCACUCUUGUCCGAAACCCAUUGUUUUUAUGUUGCACACUUUCUUGUCAGCCAAAGUCACCCGUAUGGGACUGCUUGUGUAAGAGGUGAAAGGUCCCAACAGCCCUGAACUACACAUCUACUGUCCCAGCAGCAAAAAAGCACAAAAGACCCUAGUUUGUGGUGUCCUUCUGCAGUACCAGUGCCUUGACAAAGACUGAUUCAUGCCAGAACCAUGAUGGUGUGGAAGGAAGUUCCUGCCCUCCUCAAAGCCAUAGCCAGAAACUCCAGCCUCUCCACAGUCCCCUGGAAUAACUGCGCCACAUGCCUAGAAAAUGCUGAGGCCAGGCUGCUGCUGGUAGCUGAAUACUGAGAUCAAGGGAGAUGUGGUUCUCACAUUCUCAGUUUCCAGCCACUUCCUGGCUGCUGGCAAUUUGAGACUCUUCUUCCUGACACUCCUGGGAUUCGAUUGUCAUCCUGAAGACGCAACAUAAAGCCGAGCAUCCAGCACUCAUCUGUUGCAAGAAGAGCCAUUGGCAUGGGACUGUGAGUGGGGAGGUUAGGGUCGGAACUAUAACCAAUCCAUAUGAUGCCAUUUUUAUUGCUUACCAAAUGUGCCUUUGGUGUAAGGCGGGUUGGUGCAUUACUGGAGAUGGAGAUGAGGAGACUGGGAGUUCAGCGCUGGUCACUAUGGAAGAGUGUUCCAUGAGCCCCCGCCCUCAGCUCAUUCCAAGCUGACCCAGCUCCCUCUGUUGCCACAAAGCCACUUUCCCAGGGAUCCUUGGUAAGGAAGAGGCCUGUCCUCACUAGCCAGUGGGUUUAGAUCCCCCUUGCCGAGUGGGAUGGAUAGAGAGAGUUCGGUCACUUUUCUGACUUGCUUUGGGCACCUGGAAACAUCCUAAAUACAGAGCACUUGGUGCUUUUCGCUGAUGCUUCUUAUCGAGCCCCUCGAUGGUCAGAUGUGACAGGACAAAUGCCACAUGGCUGGAUCGGAGGCACAGAAAGGCCAGCUGGUUGCGUGUUCUGAGAUGAGCUGGAAUGUGUAAAGCAGCUGAUGCCCAUAUAGUGAUGCACGCAGCCUCUGGGCCUGGCAACUUCCUUCUGAGACACUAGCAGCACCCUCUCCUUUCCUAGUGCUGGGCUGCCUGUCUCCCUCUGCCUGUGCCAAGCCCAUGUGCCCAGGUGUGUGUGUGCUGCAGAGAGAUGGGUGACGGGGGCCUGUGAAUGACUUUGAAAUACCUAGGAGACAAGGUGGGGGAGAUGGUAUAUUUUAUUGGACCUACUUCUGUCGGUGAGAGGGACCAGCUUUCCAGCCACGCAGAGCUGUGUGCAUGGUUGCAAUGCUUGUUGGCACAGCCUGUCCCAUUCCUAAAGAAAGUAUUCUGAUGCAUCUGCAGGCCCGAGGGGAGGCAGCUCAUCCACCAGAGUCGGGGAAAUUGCAGUGCUUCCUUCACUCUGGUGGCAAAAUUUGAACACAAGGCUUUCGGAAGCCCCCUCCCAGCACAUCACUGACCUCUUCCCGAAAGGAUUCAAGGCGCCCGGCAAUGCAGCCUGGCUCAGAACUCUGAGAAACGGAUUUCACUGCAUAACCCAGACCUUCAGCAGGGCCUGUACCCUCCAGCUCUCUUCCUAGAUUCCUGGUCUCUCUCUCAUGCUUGGGAAGAGCUGUGCCUGGGACACCUAGAGAUGGGGGACAGGGACUCCAGGAGCCCACUGCACACACACAGCAGGUGGCUUGGACAGUUCUUUGAGGCUCUGCUUGCUUCCUUGGAACAACUGUAGCACCUGCUGUUGAGAGUGUUUGAUUCCCAGUGUAGGUUGCUCAGGAUUAACUCCUGGGAUUCAGCUUCGCAAGUUACCAGUGCUCAGAGCUUUCCGAGACUGGCUAGAGCCGUGGGAUGCUUAUGCUAUCUGCAGACCAGUACGGUAGCCCAUCUCCUUAGCAGCGCAGAUCGACAGCUUGAUGUAACUAGACUUAAGGUGAGAGUUCACAGUACAAAGCUUUUGGAGGUGAACCUAAGAGCGUGCUGCCUUGAGCAUGGCCUUCCCCAGAACAGGCUCGCAGCAUGUGAAGAAGUGAUCCUGGAGGGCACGCUUCCUUUGUGAGGUAUGAAGCAAAGCUGAUUUUGCCCAGAUUGUCCUGCCAGCACAGCAGCCUGCUGAAACCCUAGGGUGGAAGUGUUCUUCACAGGCCCCUCACAACCAUGUGGCCUAUGCCUGAUGCCUAGCAGCUCACUUCCAAACACUGUUUUAGCAACCAGCAAAGGCCAAUCAAUUGAAACGUGUUUGUUUAAACAACAAAUCGCACCAGGUUAUAACAUACUUAAAAUAGUGUCUUAGCUGAUUGGGGUUUAUGAAGUGAAUAUAAGGUUAAUAUAAAGUGUGAGUUCCAGCACAGUACUGAUUUGGAUAGGUUUGUGUUCACCCAACAGACUGUUAUCUGGUCUGUGGACCAAUUGGAGGAGUUGUCAUUCCAAUGCAAGGCUGUUAAGCUCUUCAGUCUAUUUUAGCUGCUCUUAAAGUGGAUGUUUUAGCUCUAGUAUGGUUGUCCCAUCAGUAUGGUGAGUGCUGGAAAGCACGAGUCUGCGUGGUGAAAAAUCUACUCCAGGGACAGUAGACUAGUUCUAAGUCUCAGUUCUUAGACAACCCAUAAAGAAAUACUCCUAAUGCCAGAGGGUGAUUAAGCUGUUACCAUUUUGGACUAUUUUCUUAUCUAAAUGUCUGUGUUUUGUUUAAUUUGCAGCUUCACCACAUUGGUGGCUGUGAAGCAUCUGGAAUAUUUUUACAAGUUAGAGGCUAGGCCAGUUUGGUCUCUUACCAAAAAUCACAAGUUGACAUAAAUUAGAAUUCUGGACAAGGUCCUGUCUUCUCCCAGGAAAACAUGGCUUGCUAGGAACCAUUUACGAGGGUAAAUGUGGGGUCCAUCAGCAGGGGAAUAUUCACACCUGUUGUACUGGAAAGUGUGAGUAGUGUCAGUAUAUCACAUAAAAUGGGACAGUCACCCCCCCCCCCCAUAUUAUUCCUUUGUUCUGCAAACUACCUAAUAAGCUGCUAUGCAAAUUUUGUUGUGCCCUGGCUGGUUUCAAGAGGUUAGAUAUCUCUGAGGAUUUCAGGGAAGAACUUGUAGACUUAAGCACUUUCUCUGCUUUUUUUAUUUUGCUCUGACACUUAAGGUUGAGUGGUUGCUAUUUUAAGCUCCAGUGGUGGCCCCUGAUUUGUACAGAUCACGAGCAGUACUGACAAACUUCAGU